UAGGGUCGGAGAAAGGGACUUCGGAGGCUGGAAGUGAGAAGCGGUCAGAAGCCAGCCCAGAAAGUGAAGGCGGUGAAAGUGAAUUUGAAGGUGCUCCAGUGCCAGUUCCAAUCUACUUGGUAGGGCCAGUGGAAGUGAGGGACAUGAAGGAAAAAGGCGAAGAUUCAAAGCAGAGUAAAGGAAGAUCGGAACGAAGUACUGGAACGGCAUCGAAAGGGAAAAAGGCAAAGAGCCAUAGCCGAGGCAGUAAACUCCCAGUUCCAACGAGUGCGGGAGAAGCUGGAGCUGAUGGGAAAACUUCAAAGGCUAAGAAGAGAAGUGGUUCAUCCGGCCGUCAUCGUCGCAAGAAGGAUGCAAGCAGCAGCAAAAGUAGUCGGACAGUUGGUUCAACAAGCGAUGGCGGGGAGGAAGCGUCUAAGUCCAAGUCCGCUGCAAAAUCCAAGGCCGAUGCUGGAAAAGUUCGCAGUCGCAAGUCUGGCGGGGGUUCUAAGGGUCGAAAGGGACAGAAAGGUGAAUUUUUGAAAUUUGUCAUUUCAAUUGUUAAAGACAACUUAAUUAUUUUAGACGGCAGUCGUUCUCGCAGUCGAAGUGCAAGCAGUGGGAAAUCUUCCAAGAAGGACCGGAAGCAUGCUACUCCUCAAACGCCAUCAAAGAAGGAUCUGUCUAAUAAGCCGGUGAAGCUCUGA